GACGACAUUGCAUAGAAUAGCAAUUUUAGUUAGCCUACUAGAUCUAGAAAGUAUUUGACUAAGAGAAUCUUAGCUUAAAAAAUCUUGACUAGAUUCUUACUGUAUUGAAAAAACUAGGAAACGUUUAAAUCUAAUUUAGAUUUUUAAAAUAUUGCUCCGAACUAGAUCUAUCAACGACGUCUAACAACAAAGUCUAUUGAAAUUCAAAAGCCCACAAGCUGUAUCUUAUGCUGGUCUUUAAAGCGUUUUCUGGGAUGACCUCUCGUACGCCUACCACCUUUCAGGAUACGUGCCCUUCAGGCGUAGCUGUCCAACACUAAGCAGUUCCUCUAAAUUGUCCAAUCCAUACCGGCAUUCGCUAGCCAUUUGUCAUCGUUUGCCCAUCAUGCAGCGCAGAAAUCGUUCAAGAAGCUUCAGUUGAUUUCCCCAUGUUUCCAAUCAGUAUAGAAAGACUGAGAAACACAAUGCUUGGUAGUCACGUGCAGGCAGAUGGAAUGACUUUUUCUGCCUUACUCUCACUUAGAGGCGUUCAAAAGUGGUACUAGCCUUCACUUGAAAGUGAUGCGUCAUUCGCCACCCUGCUUCCCAGUAUUGUGGAUGGCAUCUGAUGACACCAACUAUGUGACAUAUCAAUAUCCAUCACUGGCAUGCGUUUGCUUAAAAAAGGCUGUAGGAGAACACUUCUAUUGGGAGCUGUGACACUUUUGUUGAUUUACAUCGUUUGGAUAUUUCUGAGUGGUGACCACUACGUGUCUACCAAGCAUGAGGCGAGUCACUACUGGUGCGGCUACGGACCUGCGAUGUCGGACUUUGUCCCAAAGCAGAGACCUAUGUACGAAACGGAAGAUUACCCUCCAAAUGUCAGCUAUGCCUAUAGGAACCAGUGGGUCGGCUUUCCAGACAUGGAGCAAGUCGACUGCAAUCAAGCAUUUAACAGUUCCGUGAAGAACAACUGGUUCCCGCAGACAGUUCCUCGCAUUUUCCCACAUCAGUUUAAAGCCGCCAGUGCUAACUGUAACGAGUUUAUUCGAGACUUUGGUUUCCUGAGGUAUCCCAAAGUCUCAGAGGAGGAGGAGAAUUUUCCUUUAGCUUUCAUAGUCCUCUUUUAUAAGGAUCUAGAUCAGGUUUUGUUUCUCCUCCGGGCCAUCUACCGGCCACACAAUGUCUACUGUCUGAGCGUGGACACCAAGAGCAGUGUUGAGUUCCUGGACGCUGUCCGUUCUGUGUCCAAAUGUUUGCCCAAUGUUUUUGUGGCCAGCAAGCUAGAGAGCAUCGUGUACGCUGGAUUCUCCAGACUGAUGGCGGACAUUAACUGUAUGGAAGAUCUACUUCAACAUCCUAUCAAGUGGAAGUAUGUGGUCAACCUGCCUGGACAACAGUUUCCAUUAAGAAGCAAUCUGGAGCUUGUUAAAAUCUUCCAAUUGUACAAUGGAGCCAAUGAUGUGGAAGGUAUCACCGGAAAACGGAUGAUGGCAAUGAGAUUUAUGUGGAGACAUGAUUACGUCACCAACAACGUCACAGGGGAUGUCCGUUUGGUCAGCAGCGGCAUUAAAAACAGACCCCCACCACAUGGAAUAGACAUAGUCAAAGGUAGCGCUUACGGGACAUUUUCCAGAGACUUUAUCGAUUUUGUGAUCAACCAUCAAAUAGCCAAAGAUUUUCUGGAGUGGUGUAAGACUGUCUUAAGUCCUGAUGAGUACUUUUGGGCAACAUUGCAUCACAGUAAAGUUGUUAAUGUGCCUGGAGGUUAUACUGGUGUUCCUGAUACCAAGCCGUGGUUAUCUACAUAUGCUUCAUGGGGGGGAGGAGGAGACCCCUGCGCGACCAUCAGAAUACGGUCCGUGUGUAUCUUCAGCCCAGAGGACUUGCCGUUACUUAUAAAUCGCAAAGAAAUGUUUGCCAACAAGUUCUAUAUUACUCACCACCCAGCAGUUCUUCACUGCCUGGACCAGCUCCUUUAUAACGUAACAUUCUCUGGAAGUACCAGAGAUUUGAAACAGUAUCAAGAUCUUCCAUUCGCUCUAAAGACCAGUCUUAAGUUAUGAAAUAAUUGUUUCAUCAAAUUACGACCAGCAACAUAAAGUUUCUUCAUAAGAAAAUACAUGGGACAGAAUCCAGUUACAUUUUAUUUUGAUUAAACAGUGUCUCUCCCUUUUAUUCCGUGUCAUGAGUCUCCUGGCCUCUUUCCAAUUCCGGUAGUGUUAUUCUACCCACUUUUUUACACCCGCGAACAAAACAAAAUAACUUUAAAAUUUAGCAGUGAAAAGAUUUAUGCAGUUGAGAAUCUCAGUCUCUUAGAAGUAGCUUGCCUAGGACGUACGUUUGAUGUUCUGAAGAAGCGACUUCUAAAGCUCUGUGUAAUUCUAAUAAUAAAAAUUAUAUGUAUUAUUAAUUUAGUUUUAUACAAACUUUCGCACCUGGCCAACUUUACGUGACAUGACUAUAUUGACAACAUGUGGAAUCACGCGCCCCAAUGACAUGAAUGCCGAUAUGAGGAACACGCAAGCAGGGUCGUCCUGGUUUAGCUAGGUGCCACAUAGUCACGAAGGACAUUGGGACAGUGAACACUUGUUGGGAAAAAAUUGCAUUACUGGUGACCGAUUGCUAUGGAGUGCCACCUAAUGAGCAGAAUGGUGUGGGAGGAUCUCAGUUUAAGCACGUGUGGUAGAGGAUACAAGAGAUCAGUAUACGCAAGGCGUUUCUAGUGCUAACAUUAAGAUCUAUCAGGGGCGCUCCACUCUAUUCUAUGUGCAUUGAUUACUGUGUUCAGAGCUCACCUUAUCAACUCUCGAAUUAAAUCUUUUAGGUUCUCGUGUAGACAAAAGUUCACUCAACAAACAUUUUUACAGACAAAAGUUCACUCAACAAACAUUUUUACAGACAAAAGUUCACUCAACAAACAUUUUUACAGACAAAUGUUCACUCAACAAACAUUUUUACAGACAAAAGUUCACUCAACAAACAUUUUUACAGACAAAAGUUCACUCAACAAACAUUUUUACAGACAAAACAAAUAAUAAAAUAUUUUGUUUUAUUACUACAAAAAUGGAUUUAGCUUUAUCAGCAAAAUGAUUACAAUAUUGUAAUGAAUAACUGCUAAAGUAAUGCCGCCAUGUUGUAUGUAUCAAAUUGUAAUUUAGCAUGUAAAUCAUAAUUUGUUCUAUGCCUCUCACUCAUAUAAUACUAAAGGAUGUAACACUACAAUGUCCUUUAGGUAGCCUCUAAAGGAUGUAACACUACGAUGUCCUUUAGAUGGCCUGGAAGAGUAUUAUGUGUCUAUGUUUCCCUCUAUAAAAUAGUAGAUUUAAUAAAUGUUUAUGUUUUUA